AUGACCGAUUUCGUUCGCCGCUUGGUAUCUGGGGAUAAAUCCAGACUACGAGAUGAGAAGCUGGACCUCGAUCUCGAUCUUGCAUAUGUCACAGAUCAGGUCAUAGUUAUGGGAUACCCUGCUUCCGGCAUUGAGUCCCUGUAUCGUAAUCGACGUGAAGACGCGAGACGGUUCUUGGAACAUCGACAUGGGAAGAACUUCUGGGUCUUCAACUUCUGUCCCGUGAACGAGAACACAUACCCCUCUAGUGUUUUCGACGGAAGGGUCAGCAGAUACCCAUUCCCUGAUCAUCAUGCGCCUCCUCUUGCUAUCAUGCCUCUCAUUGCGCGUGAGAUUCGUGCUUGGCUCGAAGGCUCGCCUGAGCGAGUAGUCGUGUUGCACUGCAAAGCCGGCAAGGGCAGGUCUGGCACAAUGGCUUGUGCCUACCUCAUCACCAGCAUAGAUGAUGCUUCGAGCUCGGAUCUUGGAUCACGCAGCGCAACUGAAAAAGAAAAGGCCACUGUUCGCGCCGAACGGAUCAUGGACGCAAUGCCGUCUGACGAGCCAUCGGAUGACGGCCCCGACGAUCUUCUGACACAAACAACUUCGGUCGCAACUGAAUUGGAUGCCCGUGUUGCCGAAUCAGUCAACCAGACACAAUCGGGAGGGGAGGGGAUACGCUCCGACAGACUAGAUCAUAUUCUUGAACUUCAUACGUCCCGUCGUAUGAAGCGGCCCUCUUCACCAGCGAAGAAAUUGAAACAAGGCGUGAGCAUCCCGAGUCAGCGCCGAUGGCUGUACUACUGGUCGCUGCUCAUCGCACAUGAGGGCCCGCCAAGAUUCUGGGCCGGCGAUCCGCAGGUGCCGCCGUCAAAGAUGCGCCUCACGCAAAUCGUAGUGCGUAUGCGUGAGCUCUCGGGUAUCAAGACGAAUAUUGUCCGCGCAGCGAAUGCGCUGAUCGAGCGCACGAGCUACGCGAAGGGUGCAGCGCAGAGCCGCGGGCAGAUAUGGGCGUCGCUCGCCCGCUACGACGAUGAGUUGGUGAAUACGCUCGAGGGGUGGGAGCGGCACACUCGAGAUGAGGCAGGCGACAUGGGGAAGCGUCGACUAGGAUCGGAGCGCAUGAACGACGAGCGCCUGGCGAAUAUGUUCAAGGACGAUCGGUGGGACAAGAACAAGAUGGUCCGCACGUUUGCGCGGUUUGGUGUGGCGGGAGACGAUACCCGGAAGGGUGAUACUAGUUCGACGCCAAGGCAUGAUACGGACGCGGGGGUCGUGCUGCACGCUGACCGAGAGGUUCGGGUGAAGCUAUACAUGGGGCAGGUAUUCAUGGGGUGGUUCUGGUUCAUCCCGACGUUUCACCUGCCGCACCCGCGUGGGCAGGCGGGGCAGGCGGGGCAGGGCAGCGGCAUUACACUGACACGGAAGGAGCUGGACUUCCCGGUAGGGAUUGGGAAGAACAUAUUGGAUGUGAGUGUGUCACUUGAGUGGGUACCGGAGGAUGCGAGGGUACCCAAUCCUCCUCCAGUGUCUGCCGAGGCAGGAGACAGAGAACCUGUAGGACUUGUACCCUCUCUUGCCGCAGCUCCGCGCGAUGAUGCGAAAGUCGUAGAGACCAAGCGGACAGCGGAGGGCUAG